GUAAUACAUGUAAUGCAGGAUAUUAUAUAAACACAAGGAGUAAUUUAUGUGAAAAAUGUGAUGAUAAUUGUCAAACAUGUGAAAAUGGAAUAGUAAAUAAUUAAUGUAUUACCUGUAAUAAUAAUUAAGUUCUUUUAUAAACUAAAAUAUGCGCCGAUAAUUGCGAUAAUAAAUAAUUUGAGGAUUAAAAUAAAAAUUGUUAGUAAUGUGAUCCUACGUGUCUUACUUGCUCGAAUCCUAAUACGUGUGAUACUUGUGAAGAAGGAUCAUAUUUAAAAAGAAGUACAUAAAAAUGCGAAUUAUGUGACUUAAAUUGUAAAACAUUUAUAGAAAAGGGCAAAUGUGUAUCUUGUAAAUAAAAUUUUUUUUUAACCCAAGAUUAAUAAUGUAAACUAGAAUGUGAUUAAUCUUUUUUUCCAGAUUCUUAAGGAAAUUGUUAACCAUGUGAUUCUAAUUGUUUAAAAUUUAAUUAGGGACUCUAUUUAUUUAAUGGAUUUUGUAGUAAUGAAAUUUAUUGCUAAGAGAAUACUUACUUAGACCAAAAUGAGUGCAAAACAGAAUGUCCUUAAAAUAAAUUUAAAAAUGUAGAGACUAAUACAUGCGAUCCUUGCCAUUCCUAGUGCAAAAGAUGCACGGAAGGAGGCAUUAUUAAAUGCUUGGAGUGCGAAAAUGAAUUUGUUUUGAAUGAAAAUGGUAAAUGUGAGAAUUAAAUAUAAGAAAUAAAUGCGACUACUAGUAAGAUGAUGUUUAAAGUAUAUAUCGUGGUUACUAUAUAUAUAUUAAUCGCGUGUAUAAUAUGCUAUUUUUUAGAUUAUAAAUCCUAUUAUAGAAAUAGGAAAGCGAAAAAU